UUACUCUUCAAAGUACAGCGAGGACUUUUAUUAUGAAAUAACAGCUUUACGUUAGUGGUCAAUGAGGAAGUAGUUCCUCUGUUAUCCUUCACCUUUACUUUUCAAACUAUGUGCAUGUGACGAGUCAUAUACGUCUUAUUAUAUAAUUACAACUCGAAAUAGGCCAUAUAUACUCAAUAUUAUUGUACUACUUAGACUUUGCAAUCACACUUGAAAAGGUAAGGCUUCCAGUGAAAGUGACAGCAGAAAACAGACCCUCAUGCCUGCUGCGGUGGCGGGCGCUGAACUGAUCCGUACGCCGGUGCAAUUGUACCGCUAUCUGCUGCGCUGCUGCAAACUCCUGCCAUCAGCAGCCAUGCAAAAACACUACCAACACGCCAUCAGACAGAGCUACAACAGUCAUGCGGAUGAGGAUGAUCCAGAACGGAUUCAGAUGAUCAUUCAAAGAGCUAUAUCCGAUGCUGACUGGAUAUUAACUAAAUACACUAAAAAGAAAUGACCACCACCAUGGAAAACUACAAAACUGCAAAGGUCAUGUUCAGACGUUUGCUUCUAAACACAGCAAAGUGAAACUGAAAUCAUGCCCACAGGUUGUAGAUCACCAAAUACUGAAUAUAAACUUUUACAACAAGUAUAUCAAUCUGUGGUUUUUACUUGAUAAGCUUUUAUAUGAGUCUUUAAAAGAAUCCGGUUAUGUGUCUGAAAACUUAAUGUUUUAAAUAAACACAAUAAAACAAGGCCCAAACCCUUAGAUUGGAAUUUUAUUCACUCUGAAUCAACUGCGGCUCCUGACCGUAAAUUUAGGUUGGGUAGAUUCUGGGUCUUUGAAUUAUGCUUCCUUUGCAAAGCCAUUAAAAUUACUGAUGCGCAUAAACGUCAUAUGCUUGCACUUUACAUUUCAUUUUUAUUUUGUACUUUGGAAUUGAAGUUAACUUAAUAUUGUAUUUUGUGUUAAUAAAUGCAUUUGUUUCUAA